CAGCAUAUAGUCAUAGCCUACUAGUACCGGUUACCGCCUUCAAAAUAAAUAGCUAGCCUAUUGCUCUCGUGGAAACCAAUACAACAAUAUAAAAUUACUUAGCCUAAUUACAAGUGAACGCUUUGCAUUCAGAUUUUUACUUAUAUUAUGUAACUUUUUAAUUAUAAUGUUGUUACUAGUCGAGGCAGAGCCAAAUUUAAGAACGUUAUACGACGUUGGGUAAUUUAUCUAUAAUUGUGUAAUUUGGCGCAACUGGACCUGCAGCCCUGCAAGGAGACUCCCUCCCUCCCUCUCUGUCUCUGGGUCUCUCCCCAAUUCAAAGCCUGCACUUCUCGCCCAGGUGUGACAUUUUUGGAGUGCCUCAUUGGAACCGCAACCCGCCGAGAAGAUGACAGACUCCACACCACCAGACUCCACCGCCGUCCCGGACCUGGCUGUAGUAGUAAACCCCACGGCGGCGAACGGGCAGUGCGAGCAGGCGGACUCCCAGCUGCAGCAGCCCAGCACAGAAAGUCAGGGAGAGGGUUUCAAGAUGGACCAGGAGAUGAAGAUAACAGACAGCAUAGAGGACCGAGGUCUUCUGGAAAGCAGUAUGCGUCUAAAGCCGCAUGAAGCACAGAGUUACCGCAAGAAAGCUCUGUGGGUGUCCUGGGUGUCCAUAGCGGUCACCAUAGUCCUGGCCAUCGCCGCUUUCACUGUUUCCAUCAUGCGCCACAGUGCUUCAGCUUUUGGAUUUGCUUUUGAUGCCAUGCUGGAUGUGUUGUCCUCUGUCAUUGUAUUGUGGCGGUACAGCAACGCUGCAGCUGUCCAUUCAGCACACCGCGAAUACAUAGCCUGUGUUAUCCUGGGUGUGAUUUUCAUCCUGUCUUCCUUGUGCAUUCUGGGUAAGGCCAUCCACGACCUGGCCACCAAGCUGCUACCUGAAGUGGAUGAAUUCCUGUUCAGUGUGUCCAUCGUCAGUGGCUUGGUGUGCAUCUCCCUGUCUGUGAUCAAGUUUAUGCUCGGCAAAGUGCUCACAAGCCGAGCACUCAUCACUGAUGGAUUCAACUCACUGGUGGGGGGAAUCAUGGGGUUCUCCAUCCUCAUCAGUGCUGAAGUAUUCAAGCAUGAACCCAAGGUGUGGUACCUGGAUGGGACAAUAGGCGUCCUCAUAGGUCUUGUCAUCCUCGCCUAUGGAGUCAAGCUGCUGCUGGACAUGGUCCCACGGGUCCGACAAACCAGGAACUACGAGCGUUUUGAGUGAUGGACCACAGAGGAAAAGAAAGAGGGCGAAGAGGAGGGUUUGGGAGGGAUGGAAGGGGACUGACUGACAGGAGAGGGAGGGGAUUACUGUCCCUACAGUCUCUCCAUAGACAAUCACAUUCAGUGCCAGUGGAGGCGUCAGUGUCUAUACAGUCCUCCCAUUCAAAUAUUUGAACUGAGGAUCCAGGCCUAUAAUGAGGGUGCGGGCGGAUAAAAUUCUUGGCACCUUUUUAAGUGUUUUACAAUUUGGUGUACAUAUAAUAUCUUUAUCUGUCUUUUAACAGUGAAUGGGGCAGUCUGUUCUUUCAUGCCUCCAUAUUUAAACAAGAGGGUUAAAAAGAUAGAGGGAGUUAAUUGUGAAAGGGAGUUAAACUAACUUUUAAAAAGUGGUUUACUCAGUUGUAGAAGAGAUAGAAAUGACCAACCAGGACAGAGAUGAGUUUGGACUGCAGCAUACAGGAGACAUAUGGACCCAGAGAGUCCAUAACUCCUUAAAAGCAACAGCUUUUUGUACAGAAAGUUGAUGUACAAUACCUGAGUUAAACCUCAUUGCCCUGUUAAAACACAGCAGUUUAUUUUUCCCAUGGUUCCUAGAGGCCUUUGCUCAGUUGUGCUGUAAAAUGUUGCAGUGUGGCAGGUCAAACUGAUUGAUGUAGCUGAUGUAGCAGUGGAGUAUUAAUGGUGUUUUACCUCUUUUAUGACUAGAGGAUAUAUCAAUACAAGGCCCAUAUGCCAUAGGGAACACACACACACACACAGUAACAUGUGAUUUGCUGUUUACAAUAUUUAUCUAGACUGUUGUGGCUGGAGCAGGGAAGCCUAGAGUGGGCACUGUUUCAGCAACCUAAUGCCAACGGCAGCUUACAGUCCUGGAGGAUAAAAAGCAUCACUUUUGGCAUUCGGUCACAUGACUCAGCCUCCAAUUCACUGAAAACAUAACAGAAGGAAAAUGGCUGAAACUAGGUCAACUAGGUUUACUUCAGGUUGACAUCUUUUUUGUUUUUGAAGCUCAAAGGACAAACCCAAGAAUAUAAUUUGUACAUUCACAACUUGCGCCAUCUGGUGACCAGAAGAGGUACUUGCCACACACGUGAAUAUAUUUGCAUCUAAUAUAGCUGGAAGUCUAAGAAGACUGUCCCCUGAAAAGAGUCUCUUACAGACGAAGCUCUGCACUGAAUCGAAAGACAAUUACAGGUCGAAGAAAGCUUUUUUUAAAUACAUAAGAUAAAAGAAAAAGUUCAAUUCCUGCACACUGUCAGCACUGAGUUCAUUAGAGAUACACCUUUUCUGCCAUGGAUCUUCAUCAGGCAUCAAAUUUACAAUAUGAAACAUCUUUAUAUUAGAGCCAAAGGCUGCAACAACCAAUAAAAAGUGCAGCCAAAUCUCAAACACCUGAGAGAGUUAGCACAUCAAUAAUUGAUAAAAACAUCCUUAAAAUUAGACAAACAAUAUAUGUCAAGAUCCAUAGAAUCCAAAUGAAAUAAGAAUUCCAAAAACAGAGUUUGUGAUGUCCGUCCCGCCGUGUAUGGUGGGCUCUUCUCGCUAAUCUCAGAGACUAUUUGCUGACAGUGGAGGGUCGUCAAUUGAUCUGGUUCACCUGGGCCUUCCGGACUAAAAAGGACAGCCCGUGUGUUUAAAGCUUCUCUCUUCCUUCAGCUGAUGUCUUCUUCAAAGCCUCCACACCACAUACAGUACUGUGCAAAAGUUUUAGGCAGGUGUGAAAAAAUGCUGUAAAGUAAGAAUGCUUUCACAAAUACAACUAAUAGUUUUUUCAAUUUACAAAAUGCGAAGUGAGCGAACAAAAGGAAAAUCAAAUCAAUAUUUGGUGUUACUGCCCUUUGCCCUUAACACAGCAUCAUUUCUUAUCAGUACACUUGCACAAAGUCAGGGGUUUUGUAGGAUUAUAGCCAGGUGUAUGGUCAACCAAUUAUACCAAACAGGUGCUAAUCAUCAUCAAUUUCACAUGUAGGUUGAAACAGUCAGAAACAGAAACAGCUGUGUAGGAGGCUUAAAACUGUGUGAGGAACAGCCAGACUCUGCUACCAAGGCGAGGUUGUGGAAGACAGUUUCAUGUCACAGGUCAUACACCAUGGCAAGACUGAGCACAGCAACAAAACACAAGGUAGUUACACUGCAUCAGCAAGGUCUCUCCCAGACAAAGAUUUCAAAGCAGACUGGGGUGUCAAGAUGUGCUGUUCAAGGUCUUAUAAAGAAGCACAAAGAAACGGGCAAUGUUGAGGAUUGUAGACACAGUGGUUGGCCAAGGAAACUUCGAAAUCAGAAGAUGUCCAGCAGUGCCAUCAGCUCAGAACUGGCAGAAACCAUCCGUCUACUGUCCAGAGAAGCCUGACCAGAAGUGGUCUUCAUGGAAGAGCUGCAGCCAAAAAGCUAUACCUCCGACUUGGAAACAAGGCCAAGCGACUCAACCAUGCAUGAAAACAGGAACUGGGGUGCAGAAAAAUGGCAGCAGGUGCUCUGGACUGAUGAGUCAAAAUUUUUAAUAUUUGGCUGUAGCAGAAGGCAGUUUGUUCGCUGGAGAGCAAUACAAUAAUGAAUGUCUGCAGGCAACAGUAAAGCAUGGUGGAGGUUCCUUGCAAUUUUGGGGCUGCAUUUCUGCAAAUGGAGUUGGAGAUCUGGUCAGGAUUAACGGUGUCUUCAAUGCUGAGAAAUACAGGCAGAUACUUAUCCACCAUGCAAUACCAUUAGGGAGGCGUAUGAUUGGCCCCAAAUUUAUUCUGCAGCAGGACAACGACCCCAAACAUACAGCCAAUGUCAUUAAGAACUAUCUUCAGCGUAAAGACGAACAAGGAGUCCUGGAAGUGAUGGUGUGGCCCCCACAGAGCCCUGAUCUCAACAUCGAGUCUGUCUGGGAUUACGUGAAGAGACAGAAGGAUCUGAGGAAGCCUACAUCCACAGAAGAUCUGUGGUUAGUUCUCCAAGAUGUUUGGAACAACCUACCUGCCUUCCUUCAAAAACUGUGUGCAAGUGUACCUAGAUGACUUGAUGCUGUUUUAAAGGCAAAGGGUGAUUAAAAUGCAAGAUUAAAAUGCUUUUGAGUAGUUAGCAUAGAGGUUGGUCAAAAUGUUUGUAUCAUGUGUGGUUUGAGUGCUUUCAUAGAUUUAUUUUUGUUUUCCUGGAAGGGCAGCAGCUUUUGUCCACAGUUUGUUUGGGAAUUAGGGUAAGUAUGUGAUUUCAGUUGCUAAGAGCCAUAAAUUCCCUCUAGACUGGAGAGGUUGAUCUGAACAGGAGACAAACCAGUUGCUUGUCUUUACCCACGCGCUCUGUCACACUAAAAUGAAAAUGUCUUGGGAGCAUUUCCCUGGUUUCCUGCCUUUUGGUACCAGUGCAAUCAGUUCUCCCCGCAAGUAUCUGUAUGAAGACGAGGAGUGGGACUAGUUAGUGGAAUGGGUUAGAUUAGGGUGAGGGAGCUUGGCCUCUGUGGUGUCUGUCCUCGUUUCCACCACAUGUAUGAGUAUUUGUUUCUUGAGCUUGUAACUAGUAUGGCUAGUCUCGUAAAAAUAAUUUUGGUGCCUUCCCUCUACUCCUGAUGCCUGACGAAGGACCAUGACAGAAACAUGUCUCUAAUGAACUGACAGUGUGCCAGAAGUUUUCUCAUUUUACCUGUCUACCAGCUGUGAUUUUUAAAAACAAUUAGUUUCACUUUUCAGUGCAUACUAUGAAAUAUUUCAAUAUCAUACUGUGAAGGAUUCCACUUUCCAGCAAUUUCAGUACUGAUGGUUCAGUUUGUUUGGUGGGAUGGUAAACUGCCUAGUGCAGAGUUAUCAGACUGAUUGGUGGGAAAACAAGAUGGGGAAAUACUGUGUACUCCUGCAUGAGUCCACCACUGUCCCGAGUGAGACCAAACUGUUCUGAAGUUUACACUGAAGCUGGACGUCUGUUGAACUGCUGUACAGUAGGAUCGUCGUGUCCAUUUCAAACACUAAAUUACAAUUUUAUUUUUUUGAGCCACUGCGUUAAACAUCGUUCUGUCUAUUCCUCACUUGCUUACCUACUGUAUUUGUACGUGAUGCCUGAUCGUUGUCACCACUGAACACAUUACUGGCUCGACAUCAGUGAAAGUGGCCGCAUCGCACACAUCAUAGUCACGGUUUUGGACAAGUCAAUAUUUAUCGUUUUGAUACUGCAUCCAGAGUCAACACGUGUCCUCUUUUAUCUGGAGCUGCUGUUUGUUUUGGGAUUUUAAAAGGGCAACUCCUAAUCUUUCUGGUGAAUGAAAUGUUGACUUGUGGAGUAAUAACAAUUAUGAUUGAUUUUUAAUAAUUUACUGAUUAAUUUAUGACUAAAGGCAACAGCCUUUAUUACAAGAUGUUUUGACUUGUCUAAAAUGAAUUACCGGCUCGGCUCUUACUUUACUUUCUGCCAGUAUGGCUGCCAGUUGGAGCUGCAGAGAAGUAGUUUUAAUACAUGAAACGAUCAAAAUGACCCACACGGAAAGCUACUUUUCAUAUACUCUAGAUAACUAUAGCAGUCUUUUUGUAUGCAUGUGUACGCAGGCUCAUCUUCCUUUUUUAAGUGUUUUUUACCUUGAAAUGUAGAUGUGAAUGUGUAAAAGCACAAAACAGAGUUUAGUGAAGCACAGUGGCAUGCCAAACUGCUCACAGGCAUUGAGAAGGAAGCUGUUAUUUACUAAAGUAUGUCAUCAAUUUGAAAUAACACCUUGAAAUCAUUUACAAAAAUGUCAAUGUUUCUUUCCAUCCCAUCUGUGCUCAUUUGUAACUCCAAAGCCUUAAUCUUACUGAUCACUGUUUGGUGACCGUGGAACAUGAAUGUAAUUAUCAGGUGGAGUUUCGGCUGUCGGGAGGUUGAUUGUCAUAGAUUACAGGUGCGGGAGGGAGGACGUGUUCGGAGUAUUCAUGCGUUUUCCUCAAGUCUGUGUUUGCUGCAGUGACUGUAACUGAAUGUACACACUGCUGCGAGACUAGUUUAUACAGGACACACGUGAUUCUGUGCUGUUUUGUGUUUAGUCAAAUUUAAAGGACUUAUUAGAAUACACAAACAAGUUGGACAUGUGUACACACAUACACACACCUUGGUCCGUGCCGACUGUACUUUUCUGUGCCGGUGUAAAUACUGAAUCUGUAUUGCUGUGAUGUAAAACAAAUAUUAAACCAGAGUCAGAGCCUUUUGUCACAGAAAAAAGUUUUAUUUAAAAAUAAAGUUAUAUCCCUCUUACUCGUCAAGGACUGUGGAAACAAAAAAAGUGUUGUCAUUGCGUUAUUCACCUUUUGCUGCUUGGACCACAAUCAUCACCGCUCU